CCAACGAUUCAAGAACCAGGUCUUUUAGAAAAUUCCUAAAUGUAUUACGUAAAUCACGCCAAGGGAAGUGUCUUCAUCGAUAUGAAAGAUGCGUGAGAGUGCUAGACUUGGAACGUCUCAAAUUUGAUCAUGAGACAUUACUGGAAACACUUCAGUGUUGUCCACGACUAGAAUUAAUUAUACUGCCAGUCAGGAGAUUUGACGGAGUAAUGUUUAGACAGAUCGUUGAACUUAUGCCAAAUAUUAAAGUCAUGAAAUUGAAUGGUUCUUCUAUUUAUGAUGGUAAAUACCUUGGAGGUAUUGGCAAAGUGUUGCCCGAAUUUGGAAGAAUUAUCGUUGAAAAAGGAUAUCGAGUGUUAUGGGGAAGUAGUCGUUGA